AUGUAGUUCCAAGAUAUUUUUGUGUGAAGAAGACUCUGAACUCAAACAAUGGGAAAGGGUUGGGCAGUGAAGGUGAUGAUGAUGAGUUUGGUGGUGGUGGUUGGUGCGGGUGAUGAGAGUGGUUUAGCCAAAGAGUGCAGCAAAGAUGUACAGAGCGUCAUGACUUGCUUGAGCUUUGCGCAAGGGAAGAUGGAGAAACCUUCAAAGGAGUGUUGCAGUUCGGUUUCGAGUAUAAAAGAAGAAGAACCAAAGUGUUUGUGUUAUAUUCUUCAGCAGACCCAGGCAUCCGGGGCUCAGAAUCUUAAGAGCUUAGGCGUUCAGCAAGAUAAGCUUCUUCAACUUCCUUCUGCUUGCCAGUUGAAGAACGCUAGCGUCACUGACUGCCCAAAGCUUCUUGGAUUAGCACCAAACUCACCAGACGCGGCUAUAUUUACAAAUUCUUCCUCAACACCGACGACGCCAUCCACCGGGACACCGUCAAGUGCUUCAGAGAAUGCUGAUAAUAACUCCGGUGGAACAAAGCUAGAAACUGCUCACUUGGUUGGUUUCACGUUACUGGUUGCAUCGGCAUCAUUUUUGUAUGCACUCCCACCGGGAUUGGCUUCCCUGUUUUAGGGGGUGUGCAUGCAUGGGAAGGGAGUGAACUAAAAAUGCUUGAAAUUCCUUUUGUUUUCGUGUUUUGUUUCAGCUGCACCUGCAACAUGAUUUUACCGUUCUUGUACUUUCUUUCUUAGCUUCAAUCAUCAUAUUUAGGGGAGAUGUUAACUCUAGGUACUUGUUUCAUGAUUUUUUUUUAAUAAUAAUUCAACUUGGGUGAUUGUUUGAAUA